AAAAUGGAGUAAUACAGCAGAAUCAGCAGAGGAGCUCGAGUCAUUACUUCAACACAUUUUACAUCUCCCUGUUACCCAGCCCUUCAUAUCACACUAUCCCUUUCAAAGCCUUAGGCUAGAAUACUGAUAGGUAUUUUCAUAAAAAAUACAAAAACAAUGAGAGAGAGUGUGUUUUCCGUCUCCCCCUCUCCACCUGACCCUCCCGUACCUGUUAAGUGUUGUAGGGAGAACCCAUGACCUUGGAUUUAUCAGCACCAAGAAACUCAGCUUGUGCUUCUCUAACACACACACACACACACACACACACACACACACACACACACACACACACACUGUCCUGGCAGUGACCCACGCAUGCAUCUCAGCCUUGAGGCAGAGUCAGCUGAGAGAGAAAACACAAUUACCUAUUUAUGAGCAUAAGCGCAGUAUAAUAUAUGUUCAAACAUUUAUCCAUUCUUAUAAGCAUAUUAAAAUAUAAAAUCACACUGGUGAAUAUGAUUCCUUCAGAAAAUCUCUCACAGACAUUUGGAUACUUCAGACAAAACAUGAGCAUUAUUUGGCAUAUUAAGGCAUAUUAUGCUUUAAAUACAUGAAAAGUUAUAAGUAAAUGACAAGUUUUGCUACUACAGCUACUAUUAUUGUUCAGUUUUGUAUGCAUUGAAUCAGCUUGUUUUAAUUCCCAAGUUGUCUUUCCCCACCUGACCUUACUUGGCUCCGAAUCAAAAGCUCUGCAAUAUGUGUGUCCUUGUAAGGGCCCUGACUAGACAAGUAUCAACAGGCUGAGAAGAGAGCAGCGUUGGACAUGAGAUAUUUACUGAGUCUUCCCCGGCUAGCCUCACGGGCUUUUAGCACAACAGCCCGUCAAAUGAAAAACAAGGUGCCGGAGAGACAGAAGGUUUUUCUGGAGGACAAUGGUCUGCCUAUCCAUAUUAAAGGGGGGACCACAGAUGUCCUUCUCUACCGCUUAACCAUGACCAUCACAGCUGCAGGCACUGCCUUUUCCUGUUACUGGUUGCUGUUGGCCUGUAUGCCCAGGAGUAAAGCACAAUAAGGACAGAUUAAGAACUUUGAUGCUAUGUGAUGCUGUACAAAUCCAUUUCAUGUCAAAUACCUUGAUGAAUUAAAUGAAUAUAAUACUUCAA